AUGGCGGAGGGCCAGCGAGCGACGGUUGAAAGUGUGGGACGAGCCAAUCCGCUUUUCUUCUGCCUUUUUUCUAUAUGCGUUUUGGCACCUGCGCUUUCCUGUGUCUUCUUCGAUAGGGUGCGCAAAGGGUUUGGUUUACAGAUGCGGUGUUCUGGAGGGGUGGCCGGGGAGGUUUCACCGGCGAGUGUCUACGCUUGGUGGGUUUUUUUUCUGAGCGUCUGUACAUUCCUACCCAAGAAACCUUUUUCUUGCUCCGUUAUGAUGGUCGAGGCUGACCUAAACGUUCUUUUAUCCGUCACAAGCAUCAUGGGGCACAGGUGGCUGUAUCGGGCUACAUAUUCAAUCCUCUUGCCUCUUGCUCUUUAUUUCCGACCUCUCCUUUGGUUUUUUUCCCCCUUCCCUGCUCUAUUCUUCCAAUGUCAUGACGAACCCAAUGAUGCCUAG